CUGCAAACAUUGCUGUGCUGAUAUAAAGGCGCGACUUUCCUUCCCUGCAUUCUAUCUGAUGGAGUGCUUCAAGUCUCUCUUUUGGUCCUCUCGCAAAGACUAUCUGACAUCGUUAUCCCACAUUGUCCAAAAUGUUCGUUCCACGCUCAGCAUGGGCCAUGGUGACGCCCAUGCUCCUGUACUCUUGCUUUUGUUUGCUGGUCGGUGAUUUCCUGUUCGGCUACGACACUGCUAGCUUUGGAGGUAUUCUAGGAAACCCUGGGUUUGUGCGACAAUUUGGUACCUACCACGCCUCGAAAGACAAAUACGCCUUCGACUCUCUUCACACCUCAUUACUUUCCUCUCUGGCCUUUAUCGGAAAAUUCAUCGGAUGUAUCGCAGCUGGCCCUCUGAUCGAGCGGUAUGGCCACCGAGUCGUGUUCUACAUCCUUUCCGUGAUCUCGACCAUUGGAAUCAUCAUUGAGAUCACUGCUGCCGGGACGAGUGUUGGGUCUGGUCGUCUGGCGCAAUUCAUCGUCGGUCGUAUCAUUGUCUACGUCUCCGUCGGACUGGUCGAGGUCGAUGUAACCACCUAUCAAUCCGAAAUCGUGCCGGCGCCUUUCCGUGGUCUUGUGAUUGUUUCCCUGCAACUCUUCCUGAAUGCCGGCAGCGUCGUCGCCACCGGCGUCAACAAGGGCUUCUCUACCAGGACGGAUGGUCUAGGCUGGAAAACGGUCACGGGUAUUCAAUUUAUUUUCCCCGUCUUGAUUGCAAUUUUCACGCUGUUCAUUCCAAACUCCCCGCGCUGGCUCUUGUCCAAGGACCGAGAAGACGAAGCAAUUGUCGCCCUCCGCCGUAUCAGACCCAAGGAGGACGGUGAGAACGGCAACUGUGCGGCCGAGAUCCUGGCCAUCAGGGAAGCUCUUCACGAGGAGGUACACAAGGCACCCUGGUUCGACCUUGUCCGUGGCACCAACCUUCGUCGGACCAUGCUCGUGGUGGUUUAUUACUUUUUCCAACAGACCACCGGCCAGGCUUUCGUCUCCACUUACCAGACGGUGUUUUAUAAACAAAACGGGUACGCAGAUCAAGCUUUUACUUAUCCUGUCAUCACCACAUGUCUUGGAUUGGUGAUAGUGUUGGUGGCAAUGUACAUGGUUGAAAAACUAGGUCGACGACCUAGCUUGAUGAUUAGUUUCUUCUUGCAAACCUUUUGGAUGUAUUUGCUGGCCGGUCUAGGUGGGAUGGCUCACAAGAAUUCUGCAACCAAAAACAUGAUUGUGGCCUCUUUUAUCCUCUACUCUGUCAGCUACAACAUGUGCGGUGCGUCUGUCCCGUAUCUCCUCGGCGCGGAAAUACCAACUGCUGCCCUUCGUGAAAAGACUCAAUCCUUGGGUGCCGCGUGGAACGUUGUCUGGGCCUUUGUCACAAAUUUCGUCAUUCCUUAUAUGAUUAACGACAUUCAUUUCGCCGUCGGAUGGGUCUUUGGUAGCAUCUCAAUCCUGGCGUUCGUUUUCACCUACCUUUUCCUCCCUGAAACAAAGGGUCGUGCUCUAGAAGAGAUCGAUGCCAUAUUUGCGGUCCCAUUCAAUCCUUUCCGCAAGACCGAAAUUCAUUACACCUACGCAGAACGACGUGUGGGUCAAUUGGAAGGCGAGAAGACAAUCGAAAAGACAGCCCCGUCGGCUAAUAUUGAGUUUGCUGAAGGAAAGUAAAAAUUGAUGGCACGGACUCAAUACAGGGGAUACCAGGCUCUUUAACAGGUGUGCGGGACUUGGGAACAGGCUGUAUGGGUAAUGAUAGGACGUCAGCUGUAAUAAGAGCUCUACU